AUGAAGUUUUCUCAAAUUCCUAGAAUAUACGCUAAUAUUAAACUAAUUGAAAGUCGCUUAUUAGAACUUCCCGAAGAUAAUGCACAUUAUCAUAAAACAGUAUUAAGGCUCAGAGCAGGUGAUUGUGUUAGAAUUUUUAAUAAUAAAGAUGGGGAAUUUAUAGCACAGAUUAUUAAUAUAACCAAAAGUAAUUUAUCAGCACAAAUUACCAAUAUUUUUAGAACAGCAAUACCACUAGAGGCUGAAAUUAUUUUGGGCCUCUCUAUUAUUAAAAAUGAUAGGAUGCUGGAUGCAAUAAGCAUGGCGGUGCAGCUUGGCGUUACUCAAAUCGUACCCCUAAUAACACAGCGGGUUCAAUCAGGUAAUAUUAAUAAUCAAAAAUUAUCAAAAUGUAUUAUAGAAUAUACGCAGCAAUCUGAACGUUUGGCACCUCCAACCCUUGAACCAGCAAUGUCACUUCCACUAUUCCUUAAAAGAUAUUAUAAUAAUUUUAUAUUAUAUGCUAACGAAAAUGAAGAUGACAAUAACACUUUAUUAAGGUUUAUGAAAACGCUUCCUGUACGUGUAGUUCUGAUAAUAGGGCCAGAAGGAGGGUAUUCUGAUAGUGAAUUAAAGCUACUUGACUCAACUGAUAACUGCUAUUCAAUAAGCUUAGGUGCAUCGGUUCUUAGAACUGAAACAGCAGUAGCGGCUUGUCUAGCCCAAAUUCAAUUAUUAAGGUGUAAACAGAAUGUUUAA